GCGCUUGGCCCGGCCGGAGCCCAGCGGUUGGGCGCGGUUCAGCGGCCGCUCGGGGCAGGUCCUGCGGCCUGGGCGGCGGGCCGGGGUGGGCCGGGGCGCCGCUGGCUGGCUGCUCGGGUCCGAGGGGGCAGCGGCUCGCGGUGCGCCUCUGGUGCGGCCUGCUCGGCGCUGGGGGUGCUGCUGGACCCCAGUGCGGCGAGCAGCAGGCGCCACACGGCGUUGUGCUUGCCAGGAACGCUGCUUGAGCUAGAGGGAUCCCUUGAGGUGGAAGAUGCUUUACCAGUGAAUGAGAACUCUUGAUUUGAGGUGAAGAACUUCACUAUGGGUCAAAUUUCAAGCCAGACACAAACUGUAAUGAACAAGUUGCCAGAAAAAGUAGCAAAGCAUGCCUCUUUGGUUCAAGAAAGUGGUUUCCUAACGUAUGAAGAAUUUCUGGGAAGAGUAGCUGAACUUAAUGAUGUUAUUGCAAAAUUGGCUUCUGGGCAAGACAAACAUCUGUUAUUUGAAGUGCAGCCUGGUUCUGAUUCUUCUGCGUUCUGGAAGGUGGUUGUUCGGAUAAUCUGUACUAAAGUAAAUAAAGCAAGUGGCAUCGUGGAAGCUUCAAGAAUCUUGAACUUGUAUCAGUUUGUUCAGCUUUAUAAAGAUAUUACCAGUCAAGCAGCAGGAGUUCUUGCACAGGGCAGUACUUCUGAAGAAACUGCAGAGAGUUUGAUGUAUGUGUCAUCGUGCCAGGCCAGCUUAUGGAUGGGAAGGGUUAAACAACUGACAGAUGAAGACGAAUGUUGCAUCUGCAUGGAUGGACGUGCUGAUUUGAUCUUGCCAUGUGCUCACAGUUUCUGCCAGAAGUGCAUUGACAAAUGGAGUGAUCGUCACAGGAGCUGUCCUGUCUGUCGUCGCCAAGUGACUGGGGCAAGCGAUUCUUGGGUGGUUUCAGAUGCACCUACAGAAGAUGAUAUCGCUACUUACAUCCUUAACAUGGUAGAUGAGGCAGGCCAGCCUCACAGACCCUGACACUGGCCAAUAAGCUGACAGUAGUAGAAGCACUUGAAGCUUUUGUUUUCACGAACAUCUGGUUUUACCUCUUGUUGCCGUUCUUCCAGUCUUUUAAUUCUCGGCUGCUCUGAAUCUAUGUUGUUCUUUUAAAACACAGCAUAUAUGAGCCAGUGUAUGUGUUUGCAGUCUUAAUUAUUAAUCUGUACUUUCAGUGAACUCUUUAAUCAUUAACAACAGUUAUUUUAACAGUAGCUUUUGAUAUUAAUUAAUAAUUUGACUACUAGAUGAAGCUGUUUGUAACAACACAGCUACAACUGCUAACUGCUGUUUGAACAUCACAGUGUACUGUUACUGAAGAUGCACCGUGUUAGAUGGAUUGACCUCAAAGUUAUUUUCCUUAAAAACAGCCCCUUUUAGAUUCAUGACAAAUACAAAUAAAGAUGAGUUAGGACUAGUGAUUACUGAUUUUAAAUUUUACUGCUGAAACUUGAAUAUGUUACAUUGCCUAUUCUUCAGUAGCCAGUCUUGCUUGUUUUUAGAGUUAACAGAUACCGAUUUCUAUCUGUUCUGCUACAAGUUUUAGUAUUAAUUAUUUUAAAUCUGUUUUGGAGGGUGUUAGACAUCCAGGUAAGUGUACUUGUGCAUUUACCGUUAUUCUUCUAACUAGAUAAUCUCUUAUUUAUUUUUAAUUGGUUAUUUAGCAUAGCCUCAUUAGCUUGAAAACAUAAAAGUUUAACACACAAUCCUAAAAAAGUAAAUCACUUCCUUUCUAUAUUUUUUUCAUCAAGAACACCCACAAUUAUUUUUAAACAGGCAUAUCUGAAAGGAAUGACUUUAUUUGAAUUAGCAGUUAAGGUGUAGUUUAGUCUGAUGCUGUGGUUUUAUUUGCUUCUCCUAAGUUUUCCAAGUGAUAAAACUAGGUAUACUAAGGAUUACAAGGUGAUAAUCUAAGUAAGUAAGGUGCUGUGCUUUCUAUCUACAAGUGCAAUAUGCUUUUAUGUAGCAGAGAGAAUCUUCUAGUUUGAUAAUAGUUAUGUUUGCAGUGAGAUAUGCAUGUGACAAUGUGGGAAAAGGGAACUGGAGUUCAGCAGUGUAUUUCUGUCUAGCAGAGCUAAAUCUUUAAAGAGCUGAGUUGAUACAGUCUAAAACAAAUUGUCAUCAUUAGUAUUCAGGAAACCACAUCUUAAGCCUCUUUGGCUUAAAUAAUAUUGUGGCAACCGACUGCUGUUGUGAAGACUGAAUUAAUGAAUAUAUUUAUUUUUGAUAUUAACAAAGACUCCUCUUUCAACUUGAGGCUGUUGAGAAAUACUCCACUGUAUCAUUUAAGGGAAUAUCAGCAUAUAUCUUGCUUAUUGUAAGACUGUAUUUUUAAUUGCCAUACUUGUUCAAAUUUGAUGAUGCCAUAAGACUAAGGCCUUUUAUCAGAGAGUAGUUCUCAACUACAAGGUGUGUACACACACCGAUAAACACAUUUGGGUUAUUUUUCUUAAUUGGCUAAAAAUAAUUGAAUUAUGUCAAUGACCAAAUUUGGGGAAUUCCUCUGUUAUACUUCUAUUUGCUAAGGAAUAUGCACAUCAUAGGGCACCCAUUUAAGCUUGGUUUGUGGCACAGUUGUCAAAUUUAUCAUAGACAUUUAGACAGAUAAGCAACAUACUCCUGUUGUGCGUAUCAUCUAAAAGCCAAUAUGGCUUAAUGUAUAAAUCUCUAUUUAACUAUUCAAAAAUCCAUUUAUGAACUAUUUUUAGAACCAUUUUAGAACUAUUUUUUUCCUUUUGUUAAUCCUUUGAUAUCAAUGAGGUAUUCUUCAGAAUAUAUAUGGACUGUUUAGUUACAUAAGGGCAGUUAUUUGGGCUGAAAAUUGUAAUAGUCAGGGAUUUUCCACUAAAAUAUUCUCAGAUGGUCCUAAUCAUAUGCCAGUUUGGUUUCAUUUUGCUUUUUGAGCUUGCAUUACUCCAUAUUAAGAACUUUAAAGUCACAUUUGAAUUUUAAAAACUGUUUUUUAAAAAAACCCCAGUCACUGGAACAGAAAAAGCCUCUAAAUCUGCUUCAAGCUAACUUCAUUUUUCAAGUAUUUUGACAAUUAUACUUCUAAACUGAGAUUUUAUAAGUUAACUUUAUGCUGAGACCUUACAUGAACUUCAUAAAAUAUAAUUUUGUAAUGAAUGCAAACAGAUUGUUAAUUGUAGCAUAAUGACACUUGCAAAUACAAUAUAAAAAUAGAAAAUUAUGCAAAAAUUAAUUAAAUAGUGAAAAGUAAACUUUGUAUUCUGUACAGCUUUUUUAAUUAAGUUGCUUAUAAUUCACACUGCUCUGAUGUAGGUACUGUAAUGUGUGGCCUUGUAAAAUACAUGUACUGUAUGUUAUACGGGAUAACAGGUAUAUUAACACCGAAAAAUUAGUAAUUUGGUUACAGUUGGUAUUUCCUAUUCUGAAAUAUAUUUAGCAACCAAUUUUGGAAAAGAAAUCACGCUGGCAGGGACAUGGCAGUGUGUUCCAGAAGCUAGACCUUAAAAUGUGAAUUAAUAUGAAUAACUAUAGGUGGAGGGCAUUAGAACUGAAUCUUCUUGUGCUAAAGUGAAGAUUUCUUACAGAUUUAAAGUGAAAAUAUAAUUUAAGUAUUAUAGAUUGUAUUAAUAGCUAAGUACAUUCCAAUAUAUUAAAAUUUGUGUAUGAAUUGUGCAAUAAAGUUACUUUGGAAGAAAUAACAA